UUUGAAUAGAGAAGUUUGACAGAGCGCAGCAGCAGCAGCAGGGCUUCCAGCUGAACUUCAGUAUCUGAGAGAGAGAGAGAGAGCGCGAGCGAGCGCGUGAGAGAGAGAGAGAGAGAGUGUGUGUGUGUUUGGUCCAUGCGAGCAAGCUCUAUCCAGCGUGAGAGAGCGUGAGGGACACGCACACAGCACGCACACUCACAGGACCAUCCGCGCACAAGCGACGCUCCACUGCUCCGCUGUUGCAUGUGCGAGACACACGCACCCGCGAGAAUAGUACGACCGAGACGAAGACGAAAGAGAAGGAGGACCCUCUCUCCGCUGUCACGAGCGCAAACGAGGUGGUCUUCCCGACAGAGAGCGAGAAGACAGACGCGGAGAGAAACGACGGGAAGCUCUGCGAGCCCCAGAUAACUUUAGAACUUCCACAGCUUUCCCCCCCUUCUGGUUUUACCCCUCUUUCCCUUCUUUCUGCUGGGAUUUUGCCAUGGAUGUGCUACCCAUGUGCAGCAUUUUUCAGGAGCUCCAGAUCGUCCACGACACGGGCUACUUCUCAGCGCUGCCCUCGCUUGAAGAAUACUGGCAACAGACAUGUUUGGAAUUGGAGCGCUACCUCCAGAGCGAACCAUACGUCUCAGCGUCUGACCUGAAAUUUGAGAGCCAGGAGGACUUGUGGAGCAAACUGAUCCUGGCCUGCGGGGACUCAAAGAGCGAUUCGGACUCAACCCUCCCGCGGGUCAAGGAAGACCCUGACAAUCAGGACAGCCAGGCUCUGGAGACCAACAGCGUCAACUCGGACGUCAGCAGCGAGGCGUCGGACAGCUCAGAGGAACUCUCGCCCACCCACAGCUUUAGCUCCAACCCUCUGGGCUCGGUGUUGUCUGAGACUGGACACUUGGGUUCGUCCAUCAUCGCCACGCCCCCGUCUUCACCGGAGGCGCUGCAGGAGCCCGGUGCGGCCCAGGUAUGGGGCUCCAUACAGACUGAACUGCAUCUGCCCAUCAAGAUCAGGCACGGGGGAAUGGCCAAGGUCUCAGGGGCGGAUAAGUCGGGUUUGGCAGGAGGGGACACGUCUCCAGACGGCAGGAGGAGAGUGCACAGGUGUCACUUCAACGGCUGCCGGAAAGUUUACACAAAGAGUUCUCACUUAAAAGCACAUCAGCGUACUCACACAGGUGAGAAGCCGUACAGGUGUUCAUGGGAAGGCUGUGAGUGGCGUUUUGCGCGCAGCGACGAGCUAACCCGGCACUUCAGGAAGCACACGGGUGCAAAGCCAUUUAAAUGCAGUCACUGUGACAGGUGCUUCUCCAGGUCAGACCACCUGGCCCUGCACAUGAAGAGGCACCUCUAAAGCAGGUCGUGGCCGCGCGCCGUCUGGGGAUAUGUUCGUUUGUAUCCUGACCAGCCUCCUGGUUGACCUGCCCUUUGUUUAAGGGAGGGUAGCGGAGUGUGUUCCAGCCAAAGCAUGCCAUUUUGCACCGAAUCCUGUGCCUCCGGGUCCCUCGGGAGAAAGGCCUACUGACUGGUUGUGGAAAAAAAAAAACAGAAAAAUGAAAGGACGAGACAAAAUCAUGUGCGAAGAAGAGACGAAUGAAGGACUUUAAAAAUGACAAAAAAAAAAGUUACUAAAAAAAAAGGAAAAAAAAUCAGUCAAAAAAACAACAACAACACGAAUGAAUGAAUGAUGUGUGAUGAAUGGUGCAUGUUUUGGGACAACUCCUGGACAACCAAUACACUGGUACUUAUAAAAAAAAGCCUGUCUGAGGGUGAACGGAUGAGUUCGCUGAGUGUGAGGGUGACUGUAUGGUGUGUGAGCUGAGGAAAAGGCUGGGACAGGACGGGAUGGGAUAGGAGGGCAUGGGGUGGGGGAAUGGAGAGGAAAGGAGGGGGUACCACCAGUGUGUCUACCACUGCACACUGGAUGAAUGGUGUUGGGUGGAAUCAAGUUCCGUUUUUUGUUUCCUUGCACACUGUGAGGAAACCAAACAAAACAAAAACCAGUGUGUCCACUCGCCAGAAGCAGUGGAAGCAGGGACUCCUUCCAAACCCCCCCAGGCUCUGUAUCGCAAUGGGGGUGUGGAGGGUUUAGUUAUGUCUAACCCCACCCACUCACCCUGACCCUACCCUACCCAACCCAACCCUACAGACUCCUUUUAGAGAGAGGGUCUAAAGAGAGUUCCCAGCCCUGAAUGAAAGUGGCUUUUUGGUGUUUGGUGCAGCUACUAAAUGUGCAAUGUGUUCAGUAGCUUGUUUUCUCAACAAGCUACAAAAAAGCUCUUUUGUUGUCCAUUGUAUAAGCUGUGUGCUUAGAGAUAAAACACAAAAAACUAUAACUUCACUAUCAUAGACAGGUGUUGCAUGGUAUUAGGGUUUGUACUCUUUUUUUCCUGUUCUUUGUUAUCAGGACUGCUAAUAGAUUCCAAUAAAGUGCAGCUAAAUACGAAUGGUUAAAUGUUACAAUAUUGUACAUAAAUGGAUUGAUGAUGAUUCUUCUCUUUGAAUCCCCCCCUGCUUAUGCCUUUUAUUUUUUUAUUUUCUUUGGCGAGGAUAAACCACUAUUGCUUAGCAUUCAUUUUAGUCACAUAGCUGUUUCCCUUUUCACUCCUUUCGCUCUGUUCUCUCUGUCUCUCCCCCUCUUGUUCUCUCUCUCUCUCCAUUUUUACCUGUUAUUAAUGCACUGUUGACCUUAAUGGUGCCUUAUGCAAGUGACCUUGUCCUGUGGAAUAGAUUGGUCCUUGGGGGUCACAUACAAUGUCUUGUAUGAGUGAUCGGAUUAGCUUUAUUAAGGCUCCAUUUCCCCUGAAAACGCACCUUUCUUUUUCGGAAGAGGCCACUCCGACCAAACCAUAGACAGAGAAUAUAUUAGCUUUCAUUAAUUUAGAUUUAACACAAUAUUCUGAUAUUUGAACUGAAAUAAGUAGCGCAAUUAGAGCAAAGUCUGUAUGAUAAUUUCACCAUGCAAAAGCACUUAAAUCAGUAACUACAGUGUAAUAUCUAAUACUAACACUGUUCAUUCGACUUGGCAAGAUUGGAAUUGUUGGAAUGGUAUCCAAAAAAAGAAGAGAAAAAAAAAUGGUAGAAUCUGAUGAAGCUGCAAAACUGGUCCUUGCGUAACAAACACAGAAGUCUGGAGGGCAAUGAGGAGAAAAUAACGCAGCUGCUUUGACAGGCGUUUGGCACCGAGGUUUAAAAGGCCCCAGGCCUGAACCCCCUGCAACUAAGACUAAGAGGAAAAAAACUAAAGAUUUAUUGUAAUUAACAAGCCUUCGCAGGACAGGCCUUGCCUUGUACUGCAUCUGUGUAAUGAAUUACUAAAGGCUUUGCUGGCAUAGACUCUGCCACAGACUGCUGACUCUGGCAGUUCGCUAUUGACCUGUCUGGAUGGCGUUGUUUUAGCCCAGCAACAGUAUUAUGGAAACAGAGAACAGGCAUCCAGAAAGAUAAAGAUAAAUCGCUUCUUUUCAGCUUGUACAAUGUACAUUUACAGCCAUCGAAUCGAACCGCCUAUGGGCGAGCAGACAGGUCCCCUGGGUGCUGGCUGGGUGUAUAUGUAUUGUAAGCAUUUUAGCUUUUUGAGAUCUGAUCUGCUUUACUGCUGUUUUACCACUUUUCUUCUCUUUUUUGGGCCAACAAUUGAUCAAAAUCUCUACACGCAAAUAUCUCAAUAACUUCUUCUCCAAAAGACUAAACAGCUCUGACACAGCCGGACGGAUAGUAACGCUCUUUAUCAGGGAAGUGCUGCACUUUGUCUCCAGAGUGAAAUCUGACAGGGCAGCCGAGCUCCGCGGGUUUUAGAUCAGAUUGGAGGAGCUGUAGGAGGAUCAGCGCAGAGAUGCUCGCUGCCACAAAACCCGAGCCAGCAAGGUCUUUGUGGGCAAAGAGAACAGUACAUCCCGCCUCUGAAACUGUGGCCAACAUCAUUCAAGCGGCAAUAGAGCCUUAAUGAAAGCCUCUCAUUUUUUUUGCUUGUAACUAUAACCAACGCUUUCUAUCACUCUUUUCUCUCACAGUUUCCCCUGUUGUCUAUUAUAGAAUAUUUGUAAAAAAUUGAACAGAAAGAAAAGUUAAAAAUGAAAUACAAAAAAAACAUUUUCUAAGAUUUUUAUUUGUUCUUGCUUUAUAUAAAUUUUAUUUGAAAUUGUUUUGCAAAAUUGUUCUAUUUCUGUAUGAAUGUAUUUUUUAUUGGAAUAAUAAGAAAUUCUUAUCAGACAUCA